UGUUAUGUAGCUUAUAGGUUAUUUUCUUGAUUUGGUGCAGUACCGACUGAUUUCAUUGCCUACAUUCAUAUUAUUCGUCUCAGAAACUAGUUCAAAAUAUCAAUAUCAUGGUUAACACAAAGAAACAGCGAGUUCUUGCUUCAGUCGAAGAUUCACGUCAAUUUUUGAUGAACGACUUAAACCCUAGUUCUUCCUCCUACAUUAAAGUUCAGCAAAAGAAACGGAAGUUUGUUUCCUCAAUAGAGAAAGAUGUGGAUGAAAUCACCAGAAGUUUGUUUCACCAAGAAAUACAUCUUCGGGCCUUCGGCUAAGAAAUAGGUUUUGUUCUGAAUAUAGAAAUUGGAAACGAAUUAUGUCCUGGCAAAAGAAUGAAUCGGAUGUUGAAAAUCGAGAUCCAAAUUACAACAGACUAGUGGAUGGAUCAGGUUCAGAUGUAGAAAUGGAAGAGAAAAUGCCUGAGUCUAAGAUUUCUUCUAGGGGAUCAUCAGAGGAGGAAAAUUCUAAUGUUGAAGAUGCAUUUAGAAACCCUAAAUCUGGCCAUCAGAAAAGUAAGAAAUCGAGGCGAUGUAAUUCUAGGGUUCCUUCAUCAUCAAGGUAUCUGAGAGCAAAACAGAGGAUUCUUUUUCAUGUGAGGUCUAACUCGUCUUCUUUUGGCGGUUUUCAUCCAUCAGGGUCAAGAAGACUUGACUUGAGGGGAGGUACAACUGCAAUUGGGAUUAAACUUAGAACUUGUGCCAUUCUGGCAACCGAUGGAAAUGAAACCGUUGAUGAUGUGAUUGUUGGAGAAAGUACUAAUAAUGAGGGAUUUCACAACUGA